CACUCGAAUCAUCAUCACCUGCUGAGUGGCGAGUGCUCACAAUAUCUGAACCGUACCGAAUGGUCCACUAGCAGCCGCCAGCCUAUAGAAAACCACACGGCCGGCCGGCCGGGCCACGCUACUCCGAUCCCCUGAGCUUCUUGUGGCCUUCCGUCUUCCUCCCUGCUUCUUCGAGCUCAGGUUGUCUCCAAGAACCACACAGGCCUCGCCUCUAGGAGAUCGAUCGAUCUCUUGCAGUUCCAGCAGGUGGAGCUGAAGGGAUCGGAUGCGUUGCUCUUGAGCUCCCAGUACAGCGCAGAGGCGAUACAGGCACGCCACUGGAGACAGAGACAGAGACAGAGAGGUCGGCGGCGUCAGGUCCAGCCAAGCAGAGGGAUCGAAGCCCUCUAACCCUUGUCUAGUUGAAUCCAUCAGAUAGAUACAUACAUACAUGGGCAGGCCUAGAGGGAAGAGCAAGAAACUGAGCGACGAAUCCGACGAAGACGGCAGCGGCGGCGGCGAGGAGGUGUCCGUGUCCCCCGCACAGCCCAAGAACAAGAGGAGGAGGGGAAGGCCGGCUCACAAGCCUCUCACGGCGGACGACGGCACCGACGACGUCAAAACAGAGGACGACAAGGACACCGGCGAGGUCAAGGUCGAGGACGCAGACGACGGCGCCAAACUCGCUGUGCGCCCAGCAGGCAACGACGACGACGGCACCAAGCAGGGCUCGACGGCUGAGACAGGAGCUGGCAAGAAGCGGCGGCGGCGGCGCCGGGUGAAAGAGGACCCGGUGGAAGAGGACGGGGAGGACCACGUGAAGGUGAAGGCCAACUCCAGUGGGUUCCGGCCCAAUGGAAGCCGCCGGAAGAGCACUCCCCGGCGAGCCGCCGAGGCUGGAGUGGAAUGCAAGUGAAGUGAGCAUCCAGCUUCUUUUUACUAAUUACUGGGGGUUUUGUUAUACCCUUCUCUGUUAAUUACAUAGGUUAAAAAUGCAAUCUUCAAGUGUGUGGAAGUGGUAGUUCCAUGCAUCUCUAGCAGGAGCAGGAGCAUGAUCAUGUUCAUGCCAUUACGUGCUGGUCGGUGGAUGACAAGCUAGUUAUUAUAGCUAUAUUGCGUUGGUUAGCAUCAACCUAGUUGUGACCGGUGGUCUGCGUUGCAAUUACAAGCAUUUCGUCCCCAUGUUUGUGCUGGUUAGCAUCAACCUAGUUGUGACCGGUGAGCAUUCACCCUUUGUUUU